UUUGUUUGUUUGUUUUCCUCUGUUUCUUUUCCGCUUCCAAUGUCCAACGACUCUGACGACUCUGACAGUUCCAUCGACCUUUAUGGCUUCGACUCGGACAGCAGUGCUAGGAACAUCGUUACCGAUGACGACAGCGACGACGACUCAGCUGUGGACUUUGACGAUCGGGAGAGCGACGACGACACGCUGGACGAGCUCAACUAUCGACGGCACCCAAUGUACCGCGAGGAUGCGCGAUUCGGCUAUGUCGGCAUUCUUCACGAGCGCGAUCCCGCGACAGACCCGUUGUGGAACAGCAUCCGCGAGGCCGGCUUCGACCCGGAGGAGUGGGUGAUUUCCAUGCUAAAGUGCCAGCGACCCGUCCCGACCCAGCUGAAGCAGGGCUCUGCUGCUGCUGCUGCUGCUGCUGCUGCAGCAGCACCCGAGGCUGCCUCAUCACAGUCAGAGCAGGCUCCCACGCCAUGGGCGCUCGCAGUCGCAGAAGCCGCCAAAGCAGGCGUGCGGCCUGGCGCAUCGUGCUCCAUCUCAGAAGCGACGACCGCGCGUGCAUCGUCCAGCUCGGGCUCCAGCACCGGCGUCGAGACGGCCGAUUCCAAUCGAGCCCCUCUGUCUUUUUGGUGGGACAUUUUUGAUGGAUCUCAAGACUUUCCCCUGGAUGGCUUUAUCCAAAACCACCCAGUGAACCGAGAGCCCGACUUUAAUCCACUGGACGCGAGCCCCGAGUUUAACUGGGCAGGUGGACGUCGCCUGCUUCCUUCGUUCGUGGCAUCCAAGCCGGCCGAGCGUGUGCGCUUCUCGCAUCGAGGAGUCGCCAUCGACACCAAGUCCCGAUUUGUACGUCGCUGUCUGCGGCGUGCCGAGCGCAACGCUUCGAGCAUUUUCAUGGUCGAUGAAGCCACAGCAACCUCGUGCUCAAUCAACCAGUCCAACAUCGACCGUCUCACGUUUCAUGGAGACCUGCUGCGCGACCCGACACUGCAGAUGGACUUGGUUGCGACUGGUUUGCCUCUGAGCGCGAAACUCUACUGGGGUGACUCAGAUACCUAUUUCGCUUCAUUCUCUAGCGGGACUGGCAGUGAACAGACUGGCUGGGUAAUGCACUCGCGCCGCUACACUCGGUACUGGGAUGACGUUGAGAGCCCGCUCAUGACUGGCUCCAUUAUGGAGCUGUUUGACGCGCUGGAGACGAUUCGGGUUGGUCGGUCCCACUCGCUGUCCACGGCCUUGUUCAGGAAUUACAUAGACUGCAACGAAUUUUAUCCCCCAUCAGCUGUGUGGGUCAUGCUGUUCCGCUACUGGAUUUUCGUCGAGCGUGUACGACCACCGAAAGAUAUCAUUCAGCACUGUGCUUCGACCAGCAUUGACAUGCUUCGGUACUGUUUAAGGCAUCACUACCAGGAGAUGCAAGAUCUUCGCGAGAAACUGCUGGCUUUCUGGCUGGACAACCACGUCGAUCGCCGCAGACCGAAUGCCUGGAAUUGUGUCACGCUCGUCUUGGAGUGGUUGUACCCCGAGCGCAAGCCUGCGUCGUACGACUGCGUGCAUCCGCCACGGCCCACGGGUCCGACGGUUUACGACAAGUUUGGCGUGACCGAGCAGGCUGAAGAAGUCGUUUGCAGUGAUCCUUUUUGGUACCAUGCUGAUUGGUUCUCGGAGGCGGCGGGGUGGGAUAUGGCGCCUGUGCUUGAGUGGCUACCUGAACUUGGCCGGCAGAACUUCAUUGACAGACCGACACUGUACUUUUCGAAUUGGCUCUACCAGUUUGAGCUUGCAGGCUUUCGUACUUUGCCUGCUUUCAAUGACAAAUCUUGGCGGAAUUCCGCUCAUCCAUUUGCGUUGGCGGCGACUCGACGCCUGGUUGUCGGAUGCUUGCUUGCGUGGGGACUCUCUCCUUCGAAAUGCCUCGCUUUCGUCUCAUCAUCUUCAUAUGGUGGCUGGCCAUAUGUCAAGCAUCCCUAUGACCGAGCACUUGAAAAGGAGUGGGCUCGCUUGCAUGACCGAGUGUACGCAACCAACCAGAAAACUCUCAAGCAGAUUCUGCAAAUGGCCGAGCAAGCGCAACCUUUUAGACUUUCCUCGUUGUGCCGACUCAAGCUGUGGCGGCACGAAGGGAGCGAGGCAGCAGUUGCCAAAGCGCUCGGUGUCAGCAACAUUGAUGCGCUUCUUGGACUCGUCCCACCCGUCCCGCAGCCCGAUCUGCGCGUACCUGAAGAUGUCGCGCAGUUUGUGUUGGACAUGCCUUUGGCUCGUCAUUUGCAGCGCGUUCCCGCCUAUCAUGAGAUGAGUUGAUUGAGUGUCUUUGUUUGUCUGUUCGUCUGUUCGUUUGCCUUUGCCUCUGCCUCUGCUUGUUUGAUUGUCUGUGCUUUGAGUAAACCACACGGCACUCAUUUUGACGAAUACAACUUUGUGCUGAA